AUGGAUUCUGAAGAGAAUCUAGAGAUGGAAAAAACCAGGUUGAUAAGCUUGGCUCUCGAAUUCGGAUUCGAUGAAGAAUCCGCUCGCAUUUGCUUAGAUCGUCUUGUUGGUCUCUACGGCAAUGAUGGGAGGGACUUCAUCACUGUGGAACAUUGUGGCGAUGAUUUUCUUGCAUCACUUGCGGAAACUAUGCAAGAUAGUGAGGAUUGGGAUGAUUUACAAGCUUUGGAGACUGAAGCGUGUGGAACCCUAGCAGACAUGUUUGACAAAGACUCAUCGAGACAUAAUGAAACUGAUGACGAUGAUAUUAUGGGACCUUUUGUUCAUGUAUCAAAGAACCCAUCAUCCAAACCUCAGAAACAUGAUAACUUACUUCAUCUGGAUUCUACAAGUGAAGAUGAAGACCUAGACUUCAAUAUCUCAAGCAAGAAGGAUAUAAAAUCUACACAUUCCUCAUCUUAUAAUAAAAGCACUCAGAUGCCCAUUCCCCCACGAAGCACUUCAAAUAAGAAGGAUGAGAAGAUGAUAACCACACAACCUUCAGUUUUAUCAUUUUUUGGUAAGAAGACAUGUCCCACAUCAUUAAAUGGACAUGAAACUCUUAGCUAUGAAGAGCUGAAGUCACUGGAUGAUCUUGAAUUAGCAAAUGUUGUGAUAUUUGGUAAUAAAGCAUUUCGUCCUUUACAACAUCAAGCUUGUAAAGCAUUUGUGCAGAAGCGUGAUUGUUUUGUUCUUAUGCCUACUGGUGGUGGAAAAAGUCUAUGUUACCAGCUACCUGCAACAAUGCAGACAGGUGUCACCAUUGUCAUCUCCCCUUUACUAUCUCUAAUUCAGGAUCAGAUAAUCACUUUGAAUCUCAAGUUUGGAGUGCCUUCAACUUUUUUAAAUUCACAACAAACUACUUCACAAGCCAGUGCUGUGCUUCAAGAAUUAAGGAGAGAGAAACCAUCAUGCAAGCUGUUGUAUGUUACUCCUGAAAGGAUUGCUGGGAACUUGUCAUUUCAAGACACAUUAAAAUCUCUACACAACAAGGGACAACUUGCUGGAUUUGUUGUUGAUGAAGCACAUUGUGUCAGCCAAUGGGGACAUGAUUUUCGUCCAGAUUACAGAGUAUUGGGGUGUCUAAAGCAGAAUUUUCCAAAUGUUCCUGUCAUGGCAUUAACUGCUACUGCAACACAUUCAGUUCGUAAGGACAUAUUGAAAGCUUUAAAGAUUCCACAUGCUCUUGUUCUAGAAACGAGUUUUGAUAGACCGAAUUUGAAGUAUGAAGUGAUUGAGAAAAACAAAGAGCCUCUGAAACAGCUUGGAAAGUUACUAUCUGAUCGAUUCAAAAACUCAUCAGGGAUAGUUUAUUGUCUUUCUAAAAACGAAUGUGCAGAAGUUUCAAAGUAUUUAAAUGAAAAAUGUAAAAUAAAAACGGUAUUUUAUCAUGCUGGUUUAUCUGCAAGACAAAGGGUAGCUGUGCAGCAGAAAUGGCACACAGGAGAGGUGCAUGUGGUGUGUGCCACUAUUGCCUUUGGCAUGGGAAUUGACAAGCCUGAUGUUCGAUUUGUGAUACACAAUACAUUGUCAAAGUCGAUUGAAAGCUAUUAUCAAGAAUCUGGAAGAGCUGGAAGAGAUAAUCUCCCUUCAGAAUGUGUUGCUUUGUAUCAGAAAAAAGAUUUUAGUCGAAUUGUUUGCAUGUUAAGAAGUGGAGGGAGCAAAAGCGAAAGUUUUAAAAUAGCAAUGGGUCAAGCUCGUCAAAUGCAACAAUAUUGUGAACAAAAGGAAAAAUGUCGUAGACAAAUGUUGUUGGAGCACUUUGGGGAAUCUUUUAACAGAAGAGUAUGCAAAAAUGGAUCUAAUCCUUGUGAUAACUGUUUCAAGACAUGAUCAAUCUUUAAUGUUAAACUUUGGACUCUUGAUUUGGGU